AUGAAUACUGAUCUUGUCAAAGAUUAUAAAAUAUUGAAAUCAAAACCAAGAUCAGAAGAAGCCUUGCAACUACUAAAACGUUUAGCAUCACAGAUAAAGCCGAUUCUCUCCAAGCAUCAAUGGAAAAUAACCAAUCUAUGUGAAUUUUUUCCAAGAAAUCCAAAUUUAUUAGGAACCAAUGUAAAUAGAGGUUGGAAGAUCAAUUUAAGAUUAAGAUCUCACUACGAUGAUUCCAAAUUUUUAGAAUAUGAAGACUUAUUAGGCACCCUAUUGCAUGAGAUAACACAUAUUGUGAUUGGGCCUCAUGAUGCUCGUUUUUAUAAACUACUAGAUGAACUGAAGCAGGAAACAGAAGCUCUAAUGGUAUCUGGUUAUACUGGAGAAGGCUUCUUUUCAAAAGGCCAAAAAUUGGGCAAUACAUCAAAUGUACCAAGAUAUUUAAGUAAUCAAAUGGCUGCAUCUGCUGCUGAUAGAAGGUUACAGUUAUCGAAAAUAAUGACACAGGGAGGUGUUCGAUUGGGGGGAGGCAAUAGUCAAUUAAUAAAUAAUAUGACAGCUGCACAGUUAGCAGGAUUUGCCGCACAAAAACGAUUACAAGAUAAAAUAUGGUGUGGUAGUAGUAGUAGUAGUAGUGACGAUAAUGACGAUGAAAAACAAGAAGAAACAAGGAAAAGAAAGUCACUUGUUCAACACUCACCUAAAAACAAAAAGAGUCGAACUAGUGCUGAAACUAACAAAGAGAUAAUUGAUUUAACAUCAGAUGAUGAAGGAUGGACUUGCUUUAGAUGUACAUUUUUAAAUAUGUCUACUCAUUUAGUUUGUCAAGUAUGUCUUUCUGAGAAAAAGACGAUAACAAAGAACGAUGUAUGGAGUUGCCCAAAGUGUACACUUAUUAAUGAGAUGAAAUGGCAAACAUGCAUUGCUUGCUCUUACGUUUAUUUAAGAUAA